UCUCACCAAAAGAAAACAAGACAAGUAGAAGACUUGAAGAAUAGGGAACUAUAUUAUUAUAUUAUCUUAUAUUGAUUCUUUGCUUCUUCCCCUCCUCCUCCUCCUCCUCCUCCUCAACAGCCUCUCUGCAAAUUUUCAUAACGAAACAGUUUCUCUACAGAUAGAUGUCUUCAUAUACUAAUGCAUGGGAUGCCAGUGGGAAAAAUGCUCCUGGUCCUAUUGUAUUUGACAGUAGAAAUGAAUCUCUUGCUGACUUUGAUCCUUUUGGAUGGGACAAUAAUAGGAACCAAGAACCUGAUGAAUUUUCCACAGCUAUUCAGUCAGCUGCAGAGGCAAAUAAAUGGAUCAUCGCGGCUGGAAUAGCUUCUGCGGUUGUGAGUACUAUAGCUAUUGUUGUGAUAGUAUAUGCAAUCAUCAAUUGCUUGAGCAAGGCAGGUUAUGGAAGAUCAGGAUACGCCCGCCUCGAAAUGGGUCAAAGCAUAGACUCAAUUUCAUCACCAUCCACCUCCAAAUUAGUCUCAAAGGUAACCAAUAAUCAAGCUUUGAUAACCAAAUUGCCACCAGCUUUCGAUGUAAUUCUGAAUUCACAACUAGAAGCAGCAACUGUAGAGAGGUUUCUCCGUGAUAUAGCUAUGGAAAAGCCCAUCAGAUUUUCAACCUCACAGUUGUCUGAAUUUACUCAAGAUUACUCCACGGUAUUGGGUUCGGGUGGAUUCGGUGAAGUCUACAGAGGAGAACUCCCAAAUGGAGUUCCACUGGCCAUUAAAGUCCUUACUGGGAAUUUAGGCAAGCAAGUUGAAGAGCAGUUCAUGGCAGAAAUAAGGACAAUUGGAAGAACAUACCACAUUAAUUUGGUCAGGCUCUACGGAUUUUGCUUCGAUCCCACGAAGCAAGCUCUUGUGUAUGAGUUCAUGGAGAAUGGAUCCCUUGACAGGUUCUUGUUUGGGGAGAACAGAGCAGUGGUGGAAUGGGAGAAGCUAUAUGAGAUUGCGAUUGGGACAGCAAAAGGGAUUGCCUACUUGCAUGAGGAGUGUCAACAGCGAAUAAUUCACUAUGAUAUAAAGCCUGGGAAUGUUCUUCUUGAUUCAAAACUAUGCCCCAAGGUUGCAGAUUUUGGAUUGGCUAAGCUUUGUAAUAGGGAUAGUACUCAUGUAACCAUGUCAAAUUACAGAGGAACACCAGGGUACGCUGCACCUGAGAUAUAUAUGCCAUUCCCAGUGACCCAUAAAUGUGAUGUAUAUAGCUUUGGUAUGCUUUUAUUUGAGAUUGUGGGUAGGAGAAGAAACCACAAUCCUAAUCUAAGUGAGUCCCAGGAAUGGCUCCCAAGAUGGACUUGGGAAAAGUUUGAGCAAGGGGAGCUGAAGGAAUUAAUGGAAAUUUGUGGGAUUGAGGAAGAAGAAGAUAAAGGACAAGCAGAAAGACUUUGUUUGGUAGCCUUGUGGUGUGUUCAGUACUCACCUGAUGCAAGGCCUCUUAUGAGCACUGUGGUGAAGAUGUUAGAGGGAGGAGUUGAAAUUGUUCCCCCUCCGAACCCAUUUCAGUAUCUGAUUUCUGCUUGUUUGGGUUCGACCUCUUCAUCCACUGGAAGCAAUGGAGACUCGAAUUCUUCAACAUCAAGAUCAGAGCCAACAGAGAAACCUUCUAGUACAUCUUCUCAUAGCCCAAUUAAGGGGACAUUGGAGAUAGAGCUAGCUAAUUAGUCCAAUAGGAAAAUUGAACUCUUCCAAUGUUGUACUAAAAAUGAGUUUUUCCUUCUUUGUUUAGGAGUUUAGUCUUUCUUAAUUCUUUUAUGUAUAUGUCAUGUAAUUUAGCAAAUCAUCCACUACAGCAAAUGAAAUAUCAA